AUGAUGUCGGCCAACGACAGAAGACGCUGGCAAUCGACCGUCGAUCUGGCGCCUCAGAAGACGUCGGAGAUUCAGGAGACGGUCAACAUCCCUGGAGUCGUCCCGUGUGAGUUUGUGAGGAGAAAUAUAGGUUUAUGGGCUUCAAAAUCGACCGAAAAAGGGCAUGAAACGUUGAAAAAUGACCUUCAUGUUGAAUUUAAUUGACGCCUUCUGAGUCAAUGAAAAAUUAGAUUAAAAUUAGGCUGAAAUUCAGUUUUCUGUCUUCAGUAUAAAUUAGAGCAAAAGGCGAAAAAGAACUUAUUAACCCGAAAUUUUUUUUACGAUGUUUUGAAUUUAAAUAAUCUUGAAAGUUUGGCAUUUUUUGAGUACGAUGCUCCGUUUUGACGCUUGAAAAUUUUUAUAUCCCUUUAUAAGGAUUUUUUUAAGAUAAAAAAAUUGAAAUUUUUCUCCAUUUUUUUACUUCGACUUUUUCUAUCAAAAAUGUUUCUUUUGACGGAUUAAAAAUUUUUUUUUCCUUACGGCGCUCAAUUUAGACGCCAGACGAUAGAAGAUUCUUCAAGAAAAAAAUUAUUAGACGGUUUUCCUGAUUCACUCCUGAUUUUUUUCUUAUAGUGAUCCUAUUGAAAAAAAUAGAUUCAUUUUUUUCCAUAUUUUCAGUAGUUCAAUCAAAGAAAUGGUCGAGUUCUGCGCAACUUAACGUCGGCGAGCCGCCAAACGCCCCAAAAAUCGUUCCGAUGCCUCCGGUAAUUUUUACAACGUUUUUAUUGAUUCAUUGAUUUUUAGAAAAUUGAUCGAAGCCGCAGACAAAGUGUCGUCGACCUGUUUAGACGCAAAUCGUCUUUCAAGCAGGAGAUCAAGGUUUUUUUCAAUGGCAAAAACCAGGAGGGGAGUCGAACCCGCGAUGCUUUUUUUGAGUUGGAUUCCCUUGUCAAAUGAGCCUUGUUUCAGAUUCUGAAAAAAAAAAAAUAUUACCUCUCUGUUACAUUUUUAAAUUGCGACCGGGUUUACCAAAUCAUGAGGCCUUGUUUUGCAAAUAUAUCAUACCGUGGCCUAGUUUUCCAAAUGUGCUAAUCCGUGGUCGAGUUUUCCAAAUACAAUUUCAAGAUUAGACUAUUUGCUUGAAGAAUUGAAGACCGUGGUUGAAUAUACAACAAGUUUUAAAUAGCGUCCUCAAGGCCUUGCUUUACAAAUAUCCCUGGCCUAAAACUCCAAAUGUUGAUCUUCAGCGUAUUUGGGAACGUCGGCCGUCGCUGACUGCCAUCCGGACAUCACUAAAACUCAAAUUCGAGCAGAGUGACCAGCCCUCAAGUGAUCGGAGUUCGGAUAACGAAAUGUGAGCUUCUAUGAGCUAACGUGAGCAAUACUGAUCCUCAGGGGCGUUCCUGACUAUUUCUUCGUCGACAGAACCGCUUGGGUCAAGGGGAGCGACGUCAAGACUGGAGAUAAAAGUCAAAUGUGGUCAUUCUAAGUUAACAUGAGCAAUAAACGGUUUACAAUGUUCGCUAUUACAUUUCCAUAUAGAAACAAUGAGAAAAAUGAAUUGAAAAACAGAAAAAUUUUAUCAAAAGUUCUGAGCUUUGAAUAUUCGUCCGAAAAAAAAAUUUGCAUGGUCUUUUGUAUUCAAUUCAUGUUGACGAAAUGUUCUUUUUGAACUUGUUAUUGUUUGAAUUCGAUUGAAAAACGCUACACAAUAGGUUUUACAUGCAAAUAUGGACGGAAAAUGAGUAUUUAAGCGAAAAAUGAAAUAUCAUAUUCAACCAACAGCUCUUCUAACCAUGGUGAGUGUAGUUUUACUUUUUCAAAAAUUUUUUUCAAAUUUCAGAAUUUUUUUAUUCAUUCUCGCCACCUUUGCCAUCAUUUUUCGCCGCCGUUCAAGGUAGGUUCCGAGAAAAAAACUUUAGAAAUCAGUCGUUUUCAGCCCAAUUUGGCAACCUGGAGCCGGAAAUUUACCGAGGUAAAUUUUUUUCCCCUUCGUGAUUAUUCCGAAAAAAAUAAGUUAUCAGCUUAAUAAACCUAUACAAAAAAAGCUAAUUUUCUCUUCAAUUCUUCCUUUUUCAUAUAAAAUGAAACUUUUUCAGCCCGUUCGGCUCGCGGCCUUCCGACCUGUCAAUCGAAGCCUUGCCCCAGAGGCUUCAUGUGCCUUUCCAACAAACGAUGCAAACCAAUCUAA